AUGAGUUGGGACGCACAUGUAAAAAGUCUGAUGGCCGGGCCUGGAAUGAAGUAUGCUGGUCUAUUUGGAAUGGACGCCAAUCCCUGGGCAAAAUCUGCCGGGUUCAACCCAACACAGGCGGAGAUAGCGCGAUUAGUCAAGCUUGUUCAAGGUCAGGACAUUAAAGGAGAAAGUAUUACAAUCUGCGGAACAAAAUACAUGUUCAGAAGCCCUGCUGAUGACGGACUUUUGACAGUCUUAUCCUUAGGUGGGGAGGAGAAAUUUGUGUGCAAUAUUUGCCAGACAACACGUGGAGUUAUAGUAGGUGUGUCACAGGCAUCCUGUGCGGGGGCUUCCAGAGAGUAUUUAGACAAAUAUAAGAAUUACUUGAAAGGAAUUGGAUAUUAG